UUUGCGGUUCCAACAUGGCGGAGCUGACGGUGGAGGUUCGCGGCUCCAACGGGGCUUUCUACAAGGGAUUCAUCAAAGAUGUUCAUGAAGACUCCCUCACAGUGGUUUUUGAAAACAAUUGGCAACCAGAACGCCAGGUUCCAUUUAAUGAAGUUAGAUUACCACCACCACCUGAUAUAAAAAAAGAAAUUAGUGAAGGAGAUGAAGUAGAGGUAUAUUCAAGAGCAAAUGACCAAGAACCAUGUGGAUGGUGGUUGGCUAAAGUUCGAAUGAUGAAAGGAGAAUUUUAUGUCAUUGAAUAUGCUGCUUGUGAUGCCACUUACAAUGAAAUAGUCACAUUUGAACGACUUCGGCCUGUCAAUCAAAAUAAAACUGUCAAAAAAAAUACCUUCUUUAAAUGCACAGUGGAUGUUCCUGAGGAUUUGAGAGAGGCGUGUGCUAAUGAAAAUGCACAUAAAGAUUUUAAGAAAGCAGUAGGAGCGUGCAGAAUUUUUUACCAUCCAGAAACCACACAGCUAAUGAUACUGUCUGCCAGUGAAGCAACUGUGAAGAGAGUAAAUAUUUUGAGUGACAUGCAUUUGCGAAGUAUUCGUACGAAGUUGAUGCUUAUGUCCAGAAAUGAAGAGGCCACUAAGCAUUUAGAAUGCACAAAACAACUUGCAGCAGCUUUUCAUGAGGAAUUUGUUGUGAGAGAAGAUUUGAUGGGCCUGGCAAUAGGAACACAUGGUAGUAACAUACAGCAAGCUAGAAAGGUUCCUGGAGUUACAGCUAUUGAGCUAGAUGAAGAUACUGGAACAUUUAGAAUCUACGGAGAGAGUGCUGAUGCUGUAAAAAAGGCUAGAGGUUUCUUGGAAUUUGUGGAGGAUUUUAUUCAGGUUCCUAGGAAUCUUGUUGGAAAAGUAAUUGGGAAAAAUGGCAAAGUUAUUCAAGAAAUAGUAGACAAAUCUGGUGUGGUUCGGGUCAGAAUUGAAGGAGACAAUGAAAAUAAACUACCUAGAGAAGAUGGGAUGGUUCCGUUUGUAUUUGUUGGCACUAAAGAAAGCAUUGGAAAUGUGCAAGUUCUUUUAGAGUAUCAUAUUGCUUAUCUAAAGGAAGUAGAACAGCUAAGAAUGGAACGCCUACAGAUUGAUGAACAGCUGCGACAGAUCGGUUCUAGGUCUUAUAGUGGAAGAGGCAGAGGUCGUCGGGGCCCUAAUUACACCUCCGGUUAUGGUACAAACUCUGAGCUGUCUAACCCAUCUGAAACUGAAUCUGAGCGUAAAGACGAGUUGAGUGAUUGGUCAUUGGCAGGAGAAGAUGACCGAGAGAGCCGGCAUCAGCGUGACAGCAGGAGACGCCCAGGAGGAAGAGGCAGAAGUGUUUCAGGGGGUCGAGGUCGUGGUGGACCACGUGGUGGCAAAUCUUCCAUCAGUUCUGUGCUCAAAGAUCCAGACAGCAAUCCAUACAGCUUACUUGAUAAUACAGAAUCAGAUCAGACUGCAGACACUGAUGCCAGCGAAUCUCAUCACAGUACUAACCGUCGUAGGCGGUCUCGUAGACGAAGGACUGAUGAAGAUGCUGUUCUGAUGGAUGGGAUGACUGAGUCUGAUACAGCUUCAGUUAAUGAAAAUGGGCUAGAUGAUAGUGAAAAAAAACCCCAGCGACGCAAUCGUAGCCGCAGGCGUCGUUUCAGGGGUCAGGCAGAAGAUAGACAGCCAGUCACAGUUGCAGAUUAUAUUUCUAGAGCUGAGUCUCAGAGCAGACAAAGAAACCUCCCAAGGGAAACUUUGGCUAAAAACAAGAAAGAAAUGGCAAAAGAUGUGAUUGAAGAGCAUGGUCCUUCAGAAAAGGCAAUAAAUGGCCCAACUAGUGCUUCUGGCGAUGAAAUUUCUAAGCUGCAGCGUACUCCAGGAGAAGAAAAGAUUAAUACCUUAAAAGAAGAAAAUACUCAAGAAGCAGCAGUCCUGAAUGGUGUUUCAUAAACUGAAGAAGUUCCUAGUUUACAGUUCUUUUACAUUACAUUUUACAAUAGUGCUUGUACAAGCUUGCCAAAGAUAGAAUAUGGAUCGCCAGUCUUUACAUCGCACUUUCAGUUCCUCCAUUUGGAAUUCAGAAAGGGGAGGGAUCCUGAAGAAAUCAUAUGUUAAACAUACUUUGACACCUACUGUGUUAUAAAAUAUAUCAUCAGAUGUGCCUUGAGAAUAGUAUAUGUAACAUUAAAAAAAGUUGCUGGCUAUAGGAAAUGUUAUUUUGUUUUCAAAAUAUGGCAGAGAUGGGGGGAGGUGGGUGGGGUGGGAUCCCUAACGUAAUAUUCUUUAUGAAAGCAUUAGCUGCUUUUGUUACAUUUUUAAUAAUAUGCAACCACUUCUUCACCUGAGGAAAACUAGAAUGAAAUGCAGUCUAAGAUAUUUUGCACUGAAUUGUAAUUUCUUCAUUAGUUUAGUCUGGAAACUGGUCUGUUUUAAUGUGUUUUAAAAAUGCUGUAUGUAGAGGAAAAUCUGCAGACCACUGGAAUACAUUUGUUAAACUCUCAUCUGCAGGGACACUGGGUGAUAUUGGCAGUGACUGUUCUACAUUGAGGCUUUGUUUGGUUUAUUUAUUAAAGUGUACAGUAUUUAAAAAAUCAAACAUAGCUUUAGUUAAAACACUAAGCUGAAUUAGUCAUGUCCAUUCAGACAUAACCUGAACUACUGAAAAGAUCAAUUUCCAGAAGGUUUAUUCUGUAUAAACUACGUUAGUCUUCAGUAGAGUAACUUUUUCCUCCCCCCCCUUUUCUUUCUUUUCCUUUUUUUUUUUUUUUUUUUUUUUUUUUUUUGAUUUUGGUUGUUUGAUGUGCAAUAUGUUUUUGUAUGCAGGUAGUAAAUAAACUUUGAUCUUCCA